AUCAAAGCCAAAAUCCCCCACCUCCUUCUCGUGUCUUCCGUGACGCUCUUCUCCACAAGCAUAGUUGUGAUCAAAAUUUGACAACCAACUAAGCCAGUAACUAUCUCUGCAAGAUGUCGGCUGGACCUGGACUGGAAUCCCUCGUAGAUCAGACAAUAUCAGUCAUUACAAAUGACGGACGCAAUAUAGUGGGUGUCCUAAAAGGCUUUGACCAGGCAACAAAUAUAAUUCUUGACGAGUCACAUGAACGAGUUUAUUCUACCAAGGAAGGUGUCCAGCAGCUUGUUCUAGGUUUAUACAUCAUUAGGGGUGACAACAUAAGUGUUGUUGGUGAACUGGAUGAGGAUCUAGAUUCCAAUUUAGAUUUGUCCAAGCUUAGAGCUCAUCCCUUAAAACCUGUCAUCCACUGAAGCAAACUUAUCUUAGUUGUUAGGGCUUAGGAGUUGCUUUUGUAUGGAACUGAACUCAUGAGCUUUGAGAAGCUGGGAUUGCAGGGUAGCAUGUUAUUUAAGUAUGUGCUUGGAUCCAUUUUUGUA